CUUUUCACUCGCGUCGGUUUGCUGUCACGAGAGUGACUCGAUUUUAGGUACCCGGUAUCUUUCCCCUUGGCGAGGUACUAGAUUUCAUCGGAUUACACCGCACUUUCAUUGGGCACUUUUCACAUUUUGGUUUAUUUCAAAUGUUAUGCGAGCAUCCGAAAAUGACAGAUCUCGCACGAAUGUUUUGUUUGCAAACGCGUAAGUUUUAUUUUCACGUGAACAGUGGUAGAAGUGCUUUGCAAAAAAAAUUAGUGAUUAAAUUAGUGGAAAAUAUUGUACUUCAACAACUUGUAGGCAUCAAGACGAAGCUAGAAGUGUGGACCGUACCCAUAGGUAACAGAAAAAUGGACAUCGGAUCUACCAGGAUGGAAGAUUUCUGUCGAAUUUGCUCACGGUCGGGAGAGUUCCUAAAGUUCGAACUCUCGGCUGUCUCCCAGAUCAGUAGCGUCCGCAUAGACGAUAUGAUCGUUUAUUGUACCCAACAGGAGGUAUCAAUCGGAGAUAGUCUUCCGCAGCAGAUAUGUGAUUUGUGUUUCACAUCCCUCACUUCGGCAUUUCUUUUCCGUAAAUUGACUUACCAAUCGGAGAGCGAGUUUCGUCAAAUGAUCGAAAGUAGCUUAACUAGCCACUAUCACAACCCGGAAGACCCACUGGAAAACAGUAUCGAUCCUCAAGUUUUAGCUCCGGAAGAAUCCAUCCUUCCGGACGUCGCUAUUAAGGAAGAAGUACUGCAAUUAGAAGCCCCGUUCGUGGAAGCUACCCUGCCGGCCUUUCUGGUGGAUUCUUUAUUACCAGUAGAACAUUCAAAUAAAAGAGUCGUCAAAUCGCGAAAAGGGCGCCACAAAUCUUCUACAGCUUCUAUAUAUACCUGUAAAGAUUGCGGGUACAUGUCACAGGCGUGGUUCAACUUUAAACGACAUCAACGAACUAAAAAUCACACCGAGUUUAGUAAAACAAUUUCCAAGCGACCGUUGCAUGUAGUGAAACAAAUACUACAGUACAUUGAACCGCCCGCACCGAAUCCGUCGACUCGACGUAGAAGAAAACCCAGAACCCUGUAUACGUGCGAGGACUGUGGCUAUAAGAAUUAUAUAAAAUUCAACUUCGUACGCCAUCAGAACACUAUGAACCACACCAGAACCAGCACAUUGAGGGAGCACAUGGUGGGCAUAACAGAACCCCAGGAGGCCUACAGUAUCGGAGAAGUACUGGGGAGCACGGUGGCCCAAAGAGGACCGGCGAGAAGACGACGAAAAUUGAAAGUUAAGACUAGUGAUGAACCGAAUAGUGCUACUCGGUCUCCGGCCGACCAAACAAUCGAUUCAUCACUGGUUAAGACUACAGAAGUGAAAACAGAACCUAUCGAUCUGGAACCGAUGGAUGUAGCAAUUGCGACGGAAAAUGACGAGACUGUGUCUUAAAGAUGGAGCCAUCUGGUAUCUCUGGUACGUAUCUGUUUGUCUAUUUGUUACGCUAGUGAAGAAAAUGCAAAUAAAUUCACAUAUGGCA